AUGGGAGAUUUACGAAGGAACUUCGACCCAAAGCCACCGCAAUGCCAAAUCUCCUUCGACGAGAAUGGCCAUGCCAUCGCUCUAACCGACCUCGAACGGUCUGGUAAGCCAGCACCGGCUCCAACUCCCAUGUAUGCCGGUGUUACCGCCAACACCCCGAGGGAUAUCAUGCCCUAUCGCUCCCACCCUUACCCUCAGGGCACGACAGAGUAUCCUAGCUAUGAAGUCAUCUAUCGUUAUCAACAAGAUCACGCUGCCACCUAUGCCAGCUAUAUCAAACUCAAUCGGGUGGUCACACGAGUGCGGCAUACACCCCACGACCAUCCUUCCAGCAAGAGAUGGCUGGUAGAGUGGACGCCAUCUGUGAUGAGCCAGUCGCCAGACCUGGGAACGACCUUGGAGGAAGCGUUCGACCACGUCGUUGUGGCAAACGGGUCGGACUCGAGGCCCUUCAUUCCAUACAUAGAUGGAUUAUGGGCUUGGCACGGGCAAAUCUUGCACUCAAGGUGGUACAGAGAGGCAAGUGCCUUUGCCGGAAAAACCGUUAUGGUCGUGGGGGCCGGUCCCUCAAGUGCCGACAUUGUCCGAGAGCUCGGCAUGCUUUGCGUCGAACAGUCCCCUCUGGCGCCACUCCGAGUGUAUCGGUCUCUUAGGAGCAAGCCUCGUUAUGACACCGAACGAGAGAAAGGAUGGGCCGAAUACAUCACUAACGUCACGCCCAUCCGGACCGUUGAGGCGCCCUCUCCCACUUCCACCACUGGUAGAAUCAUCACUGUCUCGGAAGAAAUCUUGGAUGAUGUGGACGUUAUCAUAUUCGCUACUGGAUUCGUCUUCCGCUUCGAAUUCUGCCGUCCAACGGACGCCCCAUUCGACAAUGCACCCCUUUUGAGGAAACCACACGUGCCUUCAGAGUCCCGCCGACCACCAAAAGAUAUGGUAGGCUCCGCUACCUUGGAAGGCGGACACCGUGUUCAUAACCUCGACGCCCAUCAGAUAUUCUAUCUUCCGGACCCUACAUUGGCAUUCCUCCUGCUCCACGCAGAAGCAAUUCCCUGGCCUUUCUCCGAGAUGCAAGCUCGAGUAAUAGCCGCUUACUGGUCAGGCACACCACUCGAGUUGACACCUCAUCCGGAAGAGGAGUCGGAUUCGCAUUCGGUAUUGGUCCUCGGCCACCCUGGGGAAUUUGAAUAUGCUGAAAGGUUGCUGAAAUUGAUCGGCGAAGGGGGACCAGAUGAAGUCGAUGCCGAGGGACGAUGGGGAGCGUGGCCGGCGUGGAAGAAACGCAUCCGGGAGCUUAUCGACUAG